AUGAACAAGGAAGGAGAGGCAGGGAGUGCAUAUUGCAUCUACCGGGCUUCAAUCUCAGAAAUUACAAAUGCGAAGAUUCUUCUCGGUCGGACUGCAGAAGUUAUUGGGACAGCUAAGGGGCUAAAAGUAGCCAUGUCACAUUGUAUGGCCAAAUACGCCACAAAUAUUGUGGUAUGUCUGGAGAAUGAAGAAGCGGCGCUACGAACACACACUGUCUACCUAAGCCCAUCCAGCUCGGUCAAGAUUGCAGAAUUUCAGGUACUGAGGGAAAUUUGGAAUAGUAGAGUGCAAUCUUCGAGAGAGGAAGAAGGUGCGGCGAAAGUACAAUGGGUUCCGGGUCACGCAGGGAUUAAAGUAAAUAAGCGUGCAGACGUAUUAGCUAAGGAGGCCUGCAGCGAAACAACUACACGGACAAAAGCUUCAAUAUACAGAGCCAAAAGCCUCAUAAAGGAGCGGCAAGAGAGUAGCAUCACCCGAUAUUGGAAGGACCAUGCUCCGAGUAGCUUUGGGAGUCUGAAGAUACUUAUGACAGGACAAAUGCCUGAGGAAUUACAGAAUUUAUCUCGGAAAAAUCUCGCAUUAAUCCUUGCGGCCCGCCCCGCUCGCGGAGACUACGCCACAUAUCACAGACGCCAAGCUAUUGUGAAUCUAUGGAGAGGAGAAGGCUCCAGAACAUCUAUUUGA